AUGCCAUUGGAAUGCAACGUCAGCCAAGCUGGAUUCAAGGCAAGGGCCGAUCAUAGCCCGAAGAGGGAUGUAUCCGCAGGCGAGAAGGCGUACUCCACUGGGCCGUGCGGUCCAGAUGUGCCGUCCACUAGAUGCCGUAAUGCAGCCAAUUUGUGUUGGUUGAUCAACAGACUUCAUCCGGGCAUGUGGGAGUUUAGCGUGAUCGCAGCUGAAAGCAUCAUUGCAAAAAUGGCGGCGAUGAACAGCUCGAAUUCGUGGCUCAAUGAUAAUGAGGCGAAGGCCCAAUAUCGAAAUUCGAGAUACAGCGUUCUACCUAGCCGUGCCAGUUCGAGAAGAAAGUCGGUCAAGCAAGGUGAAGGAGAUGAAGGGACGCCAUAUUUAGUACGCGGACCCAAGGAUCGGGGAAUCUUCCUUGAUAUCAUCCCACGGCCCACCGACUGGCCGAGGCAAAAGCGGAGCAAAGCAACCAUCAAACGAGGGCUGCCAUCCGAUAUUCAAGAGAGUGAAAACCCACAAAAGUCGAGCAUUAGCAAAAUAAACCCGUUUUCAAAGCUGGCUGGGGAAGCCAGCUUUGAAAAUAUUUUGGGCUACGACCUGUUAUGUUUGUGCAACUUCGCCUUAUGGAAUGGUCCUCAAACCAUGACCUGGGAAACACAAGUUGACAAGACAGGGCAUCCACAUCCAAAAACCGUGCCGCUUUUUCUUGGUAACUCCACCGGGGCGAACCCCUUCACUAAUACGGAGUACAGAUUCGAAUACGACGCCCGACCACUACGCCGUGGAAACCAGCCCUCGACACGUUUUUUCUGCCCUUUGAAGCUGGGAGUUGGAGCCCUCCAAUCCCGAAAGGUCUGCGUAAACGGGUGUGGAAAACUUGGAAGUGCUCGGCAACUUGACGGGUUUAACGCGCCGCGUGGCCAGAUGAACAAAGACAAAGAAGACCGGCGGCACUUAGGAAUAUUCAGGAAGGAAAAAAAUAUUGACUUGGAGAAAAGCCGCUGGUCUAAAGAAUUCGAUGCAACGGUGCAGGAGAUCUUUGCCAAUCACGCCCCCAAGAGCGACCAGCGCCAUCAAGAUCUCGGCGGCUUGAGCCCCCGUUGCAGUCCACUUCGAGCCCACCUUGUCCCGAUCAAGGGCCUGUUCCUGGAUGUCAAGCAGGGGGUGGGCUUACACACAUGCGACCUCCGCUUCAUUGGCCUCGGGACGACGACACCUUUGCGCGGAGUGUACCUGAGCCGCCAGCCAACCGCCGUGCCGUUCCUGGCAUUCCAUGAACGAAUGCGGACUUACGCAUAUGUCAAUGCACAAACCCUUGAUAUAUCUCCAGAACCGGCAGAAGCCCCUGAACGAACCAGUGCUCCCGGUACUGCUCACCAAGGCUCUGUCGCCCGUCUCUCCGCGGGUGAAUCGAAUGGCCAGGAGCGAAUCUGGGUCGACCGUCUUUUUCGGGUCGGUAUAAGACUCAUGGUAACCCCAUGGGAGCAAGCGCCUUGCGCAUCUAGGCCCUCCCUCUCACCUUCUUUCAAGAUUCCUGUUCUGGUUUCUUAA